AUGUCUCUCUCAAUUCCCCAUCAAGCCCCAGCAGAUUCUACCAUCUGCUACAACAAUGAUAUUUCAUCAGGCGGACAAACGCGGGGCAUCAGCAUCCACCCCAAGAACGUUCUGAAUCAUACUCAUUCAAGUGAGUCGGUCAGCAAUAUUAGAUCAGAAAAGAAUCAAAGCACGAGCGAUGCCACAAGUUGGCGCCCUUUCUGGUUGGGCCAUAUCAGAUUGGCCGGUUUCGGGCUCUGGUUUCUCUGCUGUACAAUUGCUCUUCCUAUCAUGUUGCACUACUCUGAGCUCAACAAGGGGCUUCUUGUAACUCGGGAAGAUCUUGCCUAUUUAUGGAGAUUUGGUCCAACGGCCAUUUUCACUGUCGUUGCAGUACUCUGGUCACGCGUGGAGCUACAAGCAUUGAUAUACAUGCCUUGGGCAUCGCUUUCGUCCAAACAACCAAUCAGCCCCAAGGAGUACCAGCUCGAUUAUGUGUCGAUGAUUGUUCCAACUGUUUUGGUUCAGUCCCUUCGGAGAAGACACUAUUUCGUAUUUCUUGUUACCUUGCUGUCAGUCAUCUUGAAAAUUCAAACUGUCCUGUCCGCCGCACUUUUCUUCUUGGGGGACGAGAAGGAGAUUCGUCCAGUUCAGUUGAAAGUUUUGGACAUUUUCAAUACGACAUCCGGUCGGGCAAGCAAUGUGAGCUCGGGCGCAUAUUACAGUGCUCUUGCCAUCCGGGACACAGACAUGGAGAUUCCUUUUGGCGUUGGGGCAGACUGCGCCUACCAGACCUUCAAACGCUCAGACCAUGACGGCCACGCUCGUGGUACCGUUGACGAACCUUUAGAAGCCAUUGUUGACGGCGUCUUUAUGGACAUCAAAUGCCUCAAGUUAGAGAGCUGGAGUGCUACCCGGAAACCAACCGGCCUUCCAUCGCACUUCAUAGACGAAGGCCAGAAUCUUACAGGAUUAUUUCAUUACAAUUUCACAAUCGAUCUUCAGUUCGAAAAUUGCGAUCAAUCCAUCACCGUCAAAGAUGAUGAACAGGCCUGGGCGACUUCAGAUGUGCACUAUUCUACUGGGGAUGGGACUUCUACGGAUUGGCACUCUUCUUUGGACAGCAACGGAAUAUAUUCAUGGUGGUUUCCGAACGAUCUCGAAACCCCUCUAUGUUCCUCGUUGCCACAGCAGCACCCUCAGACUCUUUAUUAUGCAAUGCAUUACAGAGCAUCCUCAUCAAACAGUUCAGAGCCAGAAAUAGAUACCAUGGCAGGUGUUAUCUGUUCUCCGACAGCAUGGGUCUCAAAGGUCCAAGUUGUAGACGAUGGCGUUAGCCCAAAUGUCACAGCUCUCCCCAACCAGACAAACGUUACAGCAGACUUCAAUGCUUGGACGUUGUUAGGGAACUCUAUAUCCUCUCUGGACAACGGUUGGGUUCCUGAUUAUAUGAGCAAUAAAAGAGAUGAUCAAUAUAUAGGCGAUGGCCCAGUAGGAGCAGAUCUCUUCUUCAAAACAAGGAAAAAAGUCGACUUCACCAUGGACCCAAAUAUGCUACACAGUAACGUGUUGAGCCAGUCUAUUGCGGACCUUAUCAAGGCUCUUGGCCCUUUGCUUGCUCAUUACCAACUGCGUCAGAGCGAAGAGAGUAUAAUUGAUGCAAAGGCCACUCAGGUGUUGCAUAAAGUUAAAAUCGGCCAAGCUAUCUGCAUAUCAAUGGCGUCACUUUUUGGGCUCUCACUAUGCAUAGGUCUUUGGGCACUACUCAAAUCCAAGAAAACAUUCAAAGGCUGGUAUAGGAACCCUUCGACAGUGCUAGGGUCGAUGAUUUUUCUCAAUGAUAAAUUCAAUUUCGGGUUAUCGUCACGAAACCAGGAGAAUUAUAAGGAAGGUUGGGUCGAUUGCAAAGGCUCGCCGCUAGCCUUCAAGCUAUGGUUCCGUCUAGUAUUUACAUCCUACGUUCUCGCUCUCAUUGUUGGUCUCGCCGUCUCCCUUAAAAUAUCACAGACGUCUGAUGGCCUGGUUACCAUCACUGAGGAGAGCGAUCUCUUCGUCUGGUGGAAGAUCGUGCCGGCCUUUUCUAUGCUACUCGUUGCGUUAUACACCGGCUUUUCUAGCUUUUCCGUUCGCGAAAUAUCUAAUCAUGCGGAUCUUUCCUCCAGGCCCUGUCGCAUGGAAGAGCUGGACACUUCUAUUCUAGACAUGGUUGGUCUUCGAGCGUUGUACCACUCAGUCCGCUUAGAGAAGUAUAGUGUGGCUUUGCUACAAAGCCUAACCAUUCUAUGCACAUUUUUAACAGCCUUGUCUGCUCCUCUCUUUACACCGGAAUUAGUUCCCGCCAAUCAAAUCGUUUCGCUUCCGGAGGAGACUUGGUUCGGUGCUCGAGCAUUGAAAAAUGACACAGACGAGUACACGCAAAAUCGCAAAACGGUCGCUACUAUGUUCUACACUCCAAAUAACACAAAUCAGACAUACCCACCCUUUACAUACGGCGAACUCCUUUUCCCCAGGCUCGCAGCAAAUCUGUCGGAUGAAGACUGGGUUUCUGGAAAGGAUGUCAAAGUGGUCACUCCAACCGCCAAACUGGUUUCUGCCUGCGCCGCGAUCCCCGAUGAUGAAUAUACCCUCAACUAUACAUCAAGCAAACACCACCAAUUUCGCUAUUAUGGCGUCAAAAUAAUACAGGAUUCGGUUUGUCCAAAUGGCACCUUUUACAAGUCUAGCGAAGAAACCUUGUUCAGCGAGGAGGCUGUGAGCGAUGGGGUAGCUUACUUUGCACACAGUCUCGGAAUCCAGGGCUAUGACCUUGUCAAUAAUUUUUACUGCAAGACCAACGCAAGUGCGGAGUCACUUCGCAACACGCCGUGGAAGACACAAAGUUUCAUUUGGGGUAAAUUCUCCCCAGAAAAGAAUGAGGUUAAGCAUGUGUCUGUCUGGGCGUGCAAUUAUACCUGGGGUCAGAUAAAUAUGGAUGUUAAGUUGACUCGGAACAAUGGAAACAUCUACGUCGACCACCAAACGCCUCCUAAACAAGCUGACUCGGGUGUGCAGCCAUGGAGCCCGCCUUUUCCAGUUAUCGACACCGUAGCGAAUGAUGUCGUCGCUUUUCCAUCCAAUGAUUACCUCAAACAGAAGGGUUCUGACCUCCGGACGUAUGGUCUGGAUGCUAUGUUUGUCAAUAUGGUGCCGCCUUUUGGUUCACUGGAUAUUGAGGCGUUCGGUGACCCAAGUCGGGACCACGAGAUACUGGAACUGUUGCGGUCGAAUAUUGGUCUUAUCAAUGCCCAGGUCUCAAAUCUCGAGAAUCGCUUGGAUAUUGAUGAGGAGUCGAUCAUAACACCUUUCAAUCAUGGGGAGGCACAUCUCAUCAAUGCUACCAUCGUCGAUAACCGGCGGCAGCGCCUCAUUCAAAACUUUGCAAUCACCAUCACCAUGGUAGUCGUUUUAUGCUUGGUUUUUGCCGUCCAUGCCUGGGGCCUCAUUUCGCUAUGGCUCAAGCGCUAUGUGGGCGAACGAGCCUGGCUACUUGACUUGGAAUUCAAAGGUCUCGUUCCGGAAGGCUUUAACAGUGUUGCCAUGAUGGAUGGCUUAAUGCGUGGCUCGAAUUGCUUUGAUCACCUUCCUGAUGAUGCGCAUCUCCAAUCUCCGAGCGAACUCUACGAGAACUCGGCUGGAGUGCGUUUCCGGAUCGGAUGGUUUCAAAGAGCAGAGCGUUCCGAGGAGGAAUUCGCUCUGGGAGUUUUGGGUGACGAGAUGUACAGGUUUUUGGAGCCCAAGGCAGAUGUACAUAAUCGAAAGUACUCCAGCGAGUGA